AUGCACGCAUCAAAGAAAACUGGUAAAAGCAAACUGGAAAUUCUAAAUCAACAGAAGAAUACAGUUUUGAAUAAUAUUAAUCGCGUUCGGCGAUCUAUAAAGGAAAAAACGAUUUCUUUUAAUCCACUUGAAUUGGAAUGUCGACUCGAUAUAUUAAAUUCAUAUAUUGAACAGACAAUGACUUAUCAGUCAGAAAUCGACAUUUUAGAUCCUGAGAACGAUGAAAGAUCUGCUGUUGAAGACUUGUGUGUGUCUACUAAAUGUCUACUUCUUGGAUAUUUGACACCGAGUCGAAGUCAAAGCAGCCAUGAUACUACUAUUGGUUAUCCAACCCACCACAGCAGUCUUCCUAAAAUGAAAUUACCAAAAUUUAGCGGCAAGUACUCAGAGUACAAAAAUUUCAUUAGUUUGUUUGAGAGUUUAGUUGAUCAUGACAUGUCGCUUACUGAAAUCGAAAAGUUCAAUCAUUUCAUUUCAUGUCUCUCUGAUGAAGCUGUAGGUACUGUGAAGGCUUAUCAAAUUACUGAACAGAACUAUUCCAAAGCUUUAGCAAGUUUGAAACGGGUUUAUGAUAUUCCUUGCCUUAUAUUUUUCGACAAUAUUAGACAAUUGUUUCACUUGCCCGAAAUAACGAAACCUUCGUCUUCAGCUUUGAGGAGCAUGAUUGACACAGUUUCGGCAGUAUAUGAUCCACUGUUAUCAAUUGGUGAUGACAAAGCUAUCGCAAACGCUAUAAUCAUAUGGUUAUGA